AAAAUGGCAGCGUUUUCGUUGAAUUUACAGAGGAGAUUCGAGCCGGGGCUUGUUACUUGUGGCAAGUUUGAUGGGUCUCAUGCUUGUCUCGUUUUCGCAACCUCAGCGGGGAAUAUUGUGGUUCACAGUCCGCAUAGGCAGCCACCAACGAAUAUUAAUGAAAACCAUCAUGAGAAUCUGGAGAAGAGACUCGAGUGGAAUGGGGAAAUUGCUGAACUGCAGAUCGGACGACAGGUGACGUCCCUGUGCACAGGUCGUCUGACCGAGGAUGAGAGGGAUGUUCUUUUAAUUGGGACUGUGACACACGUGCUGGCGUAUCAAGUCGAAGAUAAUGCGGAUUUAUUUUACAAAGAGGUGUCUGAUGGGGCGUUUUCAAUAGCCAUUGGCAAGCUGAGUUGGCUUCCAAAUCAAGUAGCAAUCAUCGGAGGUAACUGUUCGAUAACUGUAUUAGAUUGCGAAGGUAAUGAAGUAUACUGGACAGUCAUGGGUGACAUUGUUCGAUCGAUUGCGGUCCUCGAUUUCGAUGGAGAUGGAGAAAACGAGUUGUUGGCUGGUACCGAAGACUGUGAGAUUCGAGCAUUGAAAGAGGAGUCUGUCCUCUGGGAGACCAAAGAGACUGGACCUGUAACAUCCCUCGUGCCCCUCCCCGGCAGACAAUUUGCAUAUGUCGUUGAGAAUGGCAUCGUUGGGAUUUACGAGGGUGGUCAGCGGCUGUGGAGAAUCAAAUCGAAACACAGAGUCGUUUCUGUACGAAGCUACGACGUUAAUGGUGAUGGAACCAAUGAACUGGUGACUGGAUGGAGCAGUGGGAAAGUCGAUGCCAGGUCCUGUAUCAAUGGAGAUGUCCUUUUCAAAAUUCAAAUGACUGCUGGCAUUGCUGGGCUAGUCGAGGCUGACUACAGGAGGACUGGACGACCGGAUUUGGUGAUUGUUUCAAUGGCUGGGGAAGUGCGAGGAUAUGCAUCGGGCUCGAUAAUGGAGACUCCAGAACCAGGUGAACUGAUGAGAAAACUCCUGGCGAGAAAGCAAACUCUCUUGACGGAGCUGCGGCAUCGAGGAGCUCCAUUCCAGAGUCAUUUAACGACAAAAUUAUUGACGAGUCUGUUCGCUGGACGUGGAGCUGCACGGCUCGCUCUCGCUUCUGGUCCGGGCUUACUCAUUCACUGUGCAAUUGUCUUUGCCGAGGGAGUUUUCGAGGGCGAAACACUUGUGGCCCACCCCAGGAGACCGGUUGGGGAGUUGGAGAUCGAACUCAAACCAGCGAAGAAUUCUGUUGUGGAUCUGCAUGUUAAAGUUUGCUUGGGGACUGAUAACACUGAUCUAUUCCAGGUAAUCGAAGUGAUGCAACAACUUCCGAGAUUCUGUAUGUACGAAAUAAUUCCAAAACCAGGGAAUGUAUCGGAGGAAUUGAGAAGCUGUGGAGUCCUCUUCGAAAUUGUGGAGAGGCCUCAACGAGUCGCCCUGUGGUUGAAUCAGAGUCUCCUGCUCUCAAACGAAUUAGAAGUCGACGAAGAUGGCCCUGGGGCUAGAUUCAUCGAGGUCUGGCUGCGGGGGAUGAGGGACAAUAAGAUUCACUGUCUACGUGCAAGCGCAGAUGGUAGAGCUAGCAUUCAAACCGAGGACCCGAGCUUCGCUGGUGAUAUCAUUCAAUCACUAGCUACGUACCUUGGGAUUCAAGAACUGACUUCAGAAGCCAGAUUCCCAGCUGAGGAACGAAAGUUGAGUGCAGCUUUGGAACGAGUUAAGGGCUUGAGAGAAGUGGAGGCACGACUUCAAGCUGAUGCCGCUGGGGGUUCUACCCUCCUGAAGACCCUCGUGAUAAGACUAGAAGACGCUAGAAUCCUGGAGGACGUGGAGGGAAUGAGAAAACGACUCCAUCAGCUGAAGACAAUCAACGGGGACUUGAUGAGGGAACACGAGAUUCGAAUGAACAGCAGUAGAGAACUGUCAGCGACUCUAAAAGAGCUCAAUGUCGGCGUUCGUUAUGCUGCGAGAUUACGAGUUGGUAGAGCAUCAACGAAUGCAGUAGCACGAUGCAGAACAGCUAUCCAGGAUGAGGAUCCCAAGGCACUAAUUCUUGCUUUACAAAAUGGUUAAGAUAUUCGAAAAUUAACUGAUGAACUGGACUAUUAAUUAUUUAUCACACAUGUGGACAUGGCAGGUUUUCCAAUACUUUUGGAUCGCAUUAAACAGAAAUAAGCAAGUGCAUAUUAUAUUUCAACUAUCUUUCAACUAUUUGAGGAACGUUCUCUAAUUUUGCUUGGAAAUGACUUAGAAUGUCAUAAAACGUCGAGAUAGGGUAAGCUACCCAGUAGAUGGACACUGCCCUAUAGAUGGACGAGCUACUU